UUCUCCCAGCCUGUUUCCAGAGCAGAGGGGCUCCAGCCUUGGGAUCAUCUUUGUGAUCCCUGGUGCAGCAGUCUGAUGUGCCCUUGGCAUUUCUGGGUUUGGUUUGAUUUUAAUCCAGCCAAUGUGAAUGAAACAUCCCACCUGCUCUGUUCCUGUUUUCCAGAGUUUGGAGUAUGUGAGAAGCUGCCAGAGGAAUCACUCAUAUUUUAAUUUCUGCUUCGUCAGAUGCUCCUGCCCUGCCCUGUGCCUCCAGGAGUGUGACCCCCCCAGUGCUGGGGCACCCCACAGCUGAAGAUGGUGGCCUUUAACUGGAAGGCUCUGGAGAACUUCCCACUGCUGAUGUACAUUUUGGCAGCUAAAACACUGAUCCUUUGCUUGGCCUUUGCUGGUGUCAAAAUGUACCAGAGCAAGAAAAUUGAGGAGAAACUGAAGAGGGAACGUGAGGAGAAGCUGAAAGCAGAAGCAGAGAAGAAGGAUGAGUGAAGAGUCCCUCAGGGGGAUUUCUCCUAGCUGGCCCUGAGAAGUUCCCUGCACACUGCUGGAAGUGAAGUGCUUGGUGAUGGGAACCACUGAGCUGGCACCAGGAUUUAGGGGGGAAAUUGGAAUUUUCAAUUUUCAUCAGAUUGGAAUGUGCCUGCGGUGGGAAAGUCACUUGGAAUUCUUCAGCCUUAUUCAAUCCCCUGCUCAGGAGCAGAUCCCCCCUUGGAGUCCAAGCCAGGCUGGAUCUGUGGAAUUCAUUUUCUCUUUGUUGAAAUUUGGGGAAUUUACAUCCAAGGCCAAGACUCAUGACUCCCACACCAGGAAUUUGUCUCAAGGGUGGUGAAAUUGGAUUUUUGGCCCAUUUUUGUGUCAAUUAUCCAUCCCUGAUCCAAGCAGAGCACAGAUGCACUUGGUCACGGGACACACCUGAAAUGAAACAUUGGGAUUUCAAAUUCUCCCUUUUAUUAGUGUUCUUUUAAUUUAAUAUGUGCUUUUUAUCCUUAAUAAAGGAUACCAGGACCUGGCAGGGAUCAUCCUGCUGGAAUUAUUGAUCUUGCAAAGAGCACAUUUAAAGACCUGAUGAGGUCCCUCAGAAAAGUCAUUCAUGGACCUCACUAUUAAAGAACUGGAUGUAAAGUGUGAGAAGAAAAUCCUGGAGGGAAUUAUCCCCUAAUUCUUUUGGGGGCCUUGGCACCCACUGGGAGUGCAAAUCCUAUUCCCUGUUCCCUGAUUUGAAGGUGUUUGACAGAAUCACAGGAUGGCUCAGGCUGGGACAUCUGGUGGCACCUCCCAGGGCUGGGCAGAGGGGCAGGAUCCCUCCCUGGCCUGGUUGGUUUCUUUGUUUAAUUAUUAAAUUUAUUGAUUUCAUCCUGCACUGUGGGAAAUGGAUUUGUAGAGAGUUUUCAGGGGCUGGCAGAAGGCUCACACACACCUGUAUGCAAAUUUGGAGAUUGAAAUACUGACUUGGAAAUGCCAUGGAAUUGGACAGAUGUUGUUGAGAGAGAAAUGGAGCUGGAAAAGAGUUUCACAGGAUGGCAUUUUAAAUAAAACUGGAUACUUUGGAGAAAUAGAACUGUGAAAGAUGCAUUGUAAUGGAACCCACGAGGGGUGAUUUUAGAGGAGGGGCUUUAAGGCAUUUUACAGCAUGAUGUGACAAAAGCUGAUAGGCCAAGAAAUGCUUAUAAUGAGUUGUAAUUAGGAAAUAAUUGGCUUUUGAUUGUGAUAACAUAAAUUAUAACAUCUGUAUUGUCUCACCCUUCAUGUGAGACUGAAAAUGGAAUAAAAGUUUUUUAAAACAUCUCUCAGUUGCCCCAAGUCUGGGUUAGAAAAGGGCAAAACCUGGCACUGCACCAGGCAGAGAA